AUGUCGCGGGCGGGAAGUUUCGCACGGUUGAGAGCUGGCGGAGGUGCCCCCAAGGUGGAGGCCACGCGAAGGGACAACGUGCGCACGGCGGGCCAUGACGUCGACGGGCAGGUGGAGAUGAUGUUGAGCCAAGGUUGUCGCAAGGGGUUUUCGGGGGACCUCUGGCUGAUGAGGAACGAGAUAGAGUUGGGCGAUAAGUCGCAUUACCUGUUCGUAAAAGGGGACAAAGAGCCGAGGGGAUUGUGCACGUCGAUCAACGCGCUAGUAUCGGUGGGUGUAGGCCAGAACGAAUGA